UCCAGUCCCUUUCGAGGAAUAGAGAAAAAUGUAAGAUGGAAAAGCUGACAGGCCUGUACCUGUCGAAUUUCCGUAUUGUCUGCGCUUGGCGUUUCUUGUUCUGAUAUUUCCUACUUUUUUUACUUUUUCCUCUUUUUUUUUCUGGGUCUCGGCGAUAGGCGCCGGAUCAGUCACGUGGGGACUGAUAGCGGUCCAACUGAUGAAGGGGCAAUGGAAGUCUCAGCCACAGGGAAAUGAGGUUUUGAUAGUCGACCCCAAUAAAAUGACCCUAAAUCAACCUGAAAAUAUGACAAUUACCAUUGAAAUUCCUGUUGUCCUCAAUUGAGCGAGACACCGAGGAUGAUAAGAUGGUCGCACGUCAAGGCGGUGAGACUCCACGGGGCGCGGCAGCAAUACAGCCGGCAGAACGCGAUACAGGCGGUAUACGGGAAGAGGAGCAGCGAAAGGGAAGCGGCCGGCCAGUCAGUGAAUCAAUCUCCAUCAUUGCUGCUGCUGCUGCUGCUUUGCUGCUCUGCUGCUGCUCUGACUCUUUUCUCCACACUACUCGCUCGCUUUCUGCUGGUUUCAACAAUUUCCUCAUCCAACCGUCUACCCUCCUCUUCCAUGCCGCCCAUCCUCCCGCUACGCUGCACUGUCGUCUUGCCCGCUUCGUGAGCGUUGACUUUCACCACCCCCUCCUCCGUACAAUACUUCUUCUCGACAAGAGUUUGCUGCACUUCAUACUACAUAUUGGGAACCGGACUCGGUCGCGGCAGCUGCGUCUUACGAGUUUCGCUGCUGGCGCAUUACUGAACGGUAUGUUCUUCGAGGCUUUUCUUAUGGAUACUUGGUUGGUGCCAGAUACUCGCAAUGUUGUCAUGGCUCUGGGACCUCGAGACAGCGCCCUGAGCGUUGCAGUUGGGUCGGCGCAGUUCCCAGAGCCCAAACCGGGAGCGAAAGUCACUUUCGCUCCGUCUGGGGUGUGA